AGAUCGAAGUUGUGCUUCGGAUAAAACACCGCUUAAAGUGCUGUGCUGACCCGACUUAGCCAUGUUUACUGCCGAUAAACGUGUUUCUAACGGCAUCAAGGAAAUUCUAUGCUGCAUCGUAAUAUUAUGGAGCUGCCUGAUGGAUCAUGGCUCACAGUUUGUUCAUGCUCUUGAUUUGGAUAUUGGUAAAAUCGUCUCCCAACAAUUGCCAGCAUCCAUGUACAUGUUGCCAGUCUAAUAAAAUUUAAUCGACACAAGGCAUUACAGUACUACGAAUAGAUCGGUGCCUUUUGAUCAUCGAUUUAGUACCCAACAUAAUUUUAUCGAUACACAACAAAAAGCGCAGUUUUCUAAGGAGUGCGAGACGAUGAUGUGUGUGGAAAUUUUGAUCCUAUUGCAUUUUGUAUCGGUGUCGUACGGAGACAACUAUCCGCUGUUCGUUACUCGGCCGGAAGUACGGGCCAAUCCACACGGGGGGAUAACCGACAUUACUGGCAAUCUGGAGACACUAAUACUCGAUAUUGCCAAGGAUAUGAGAACUGAGAUCCCAGAUGAGCUAGUAAACCAGACGGUAUCGAAGCCGCCGCUUUACUCGCCAUCCUCCGAAGCACCCCAGCGGACCGCACUCCCGACUAAUCCCAACCACACAGCCGCCCUUGAAACUCACGAUUAUGGCACCGCGACAUUUCGCCGCGGACAUUUCAUCGUGGGACAAUUCGCCGUGGACAUUUCGUUUCACGCACAACUCGACGUGAGACAUUACGCUUUGGGACUUUUGGUUUAACGGAAAAAGGUCGCAAGGACAUUUUGUUUGGGGAACUGGCCGUUGGGACAUUCCG